UUCGAAUAAAGACUAACAAGUCUAUUCUACACUUAACGGCUUUAAUUAAACAUUUUAAAAGUUUGCAGCAAAUUAUUAACUAGUGCACUUCAGAUUCAAUUACAGAUACUAAGUGCCACAAAAGUGCCCACAGAAACUACGCAGAAUGACCAAUCCCGCCACUGGCGUCUCAUCUAAGCUGCUAUUGAGCAUCGGUAUAGGGGUUGGGGUGACCGCACUAUCAGGCGCCUCCUAUCUGUAUUACAAAUAUUGGAAAGAUAAUGCUAUACCAGAGCAAUGGCAACGUGUGGGUACAUUGGAAAUGCUCGAGUUCUUCCCAAUUAAAUCUUGUGCGCCGCUCAAAUUCCCCGAGGGCACUGAACUGGAAUGCGAAAUACUCGGUCUACGCUAUGAAGGUUGCCGCGAUCGUGCUUUGAUGCUGGUCGACAAAGAUGACGUAAUGAUAACGGCACGUGGCUAUCCCAAAAUGGUGCUGAUAAAUUCCAGACUGGUCACACCGACAAAACUCGAAAUCAAUGCACCAGGCAUGGAUACUUUGGAGUUGGAUUUCAAGAAGCUGAUUGAGGAAGCACCGGGCAGAGACAUACAUACAGCUGUGUUUGGUGCGAAACUAGAUGCGAUGCUGUGUGGCGAAAAGUAUGACAAGUGGUUUUCACAAUUUAUACUUGGUCAGGAGAGUGGUCUGAAACUUGUGUAUCACCCAUAUCAGCAGCCUCUGAAGCCAAUCGACAAGGAUUUGGCCAAAGAGCCGCACAUCAAAAAAUCAGACACGGGCGCCUUUGCUGAUGCUACCAGUUACAUGAUGAUGAAUUUGUCUUCUGUUGAUGAUCUCAAUAAACGACUACCGCGCCCCAUAAAGCCAAUUCAGUUCCGUGGUGGUUUUUAUUUAAAAAUGGAUAAGAACGAGCCAUACGCUGAGGACUCUUACGAUUGGGUUAAAGUCGGCAAUGAGGCGGUAUUUCGCAGAGUGGCGCCAUGCCGUCGCUGCAUUUUGCCCAACAUCAAUCCGGAGACCGGUGAGCGUGAUCCGGAAAAUAAUCCUUUGAAAACGUUAAAAACGUAUCGCUGCUUUGAGAAUAAUCCAAGUCCCGUGUUGGGCAUACAUUUGGGGCUACGUCAGGGAGGGAAAAUAAAACGUGGUGAUGUAGUUUACGUUGGCGUACAAAAAUGAGAUGAUAUUUAUCUUGCAUAUUGUCUUUUACACACAUAUUUAAUAUAUAUCUUAUAACACGUUAAACAGUUUAAUUUGGCUUUAUGAUUUCUUUUGCUUUUACAACGAAUGUAAAUACAUAUUUAAUAAAAUAUCGAAUUCCAGCGAUUA